ACUGAUACGAUUACAUCGUUUAGUGUAAUUAAUGAUGUUUAUAAUGUUAUAUUUUAUAAAUUUAAUCGCCUGGUGUGCUACUCAGAAGCAAAAUUUUCUUCUAAUAAUCGUUGACGAUUUAAGAACCACUUUGGGAUGUUAUGGUGACGAUAAAGCAUACACGCCAAAUAUAGAUGGUUUAGCAAAAGAUGCUGCCAUUUUCUCCCAAGCAUUCGCUCAGCAAGCAUUAUGUGCACCAAGCAGAAAUUCAUUUUUAACGAGUCGGAGACCAGAUACAAUUCACCUUUACGAUUUCUAUAGCUACUGGCGAACUGAUAUUGGUAAUUUUACGACAUUACCUCAAUAUUUGAAGGAUAAUGGAUAUAUUACUAAAUCAAUAGGAAAAGUUUUCCAUCCAGGAAUUAGUUCCAAUAAUUCUGAUGAUAACCCAUAUUCAUGGUCAGAAACUCCGUUUCACCCAUUUACAGAAAGAUAUAAAGAUGCUCCAGUAUGUCAAACAAAUAUGCGAAUACUACCUGCACAGAAUCUUGUAUGUCCAGUUAAAAUUUCAUUAAUGCCUAAUAAAACAUUACCAGAUAUAGAAAUACUGAAGGAAGCUAAACAUUUUUUAUCUAAUCAAGUAGAAAAUACUAGUCCUUUCUUUUUAGCGGUUGGAUUUCAAAAACCACAUAUACCGUUUAAAUAUCCCCAAAAAUACUUAAGACAUCAUUCUUUGCAAAAGUUUGAAGUGCCGAGGCCAUAUAGGUGGCUAGAAAAUGUUAAUAGCAUAGCUUAUAAUCCAUGGAAUGAUCUAAGGAAACGAAAAGAUAUUACAGCUUUGAAUCUUAAAUUUCCAUGGGAAAAGAUACCAAAAAACUUUGCUAGAUUAAUUAUCCAGUCAUAUUAUGCAUCUGUAACAUAUAUUGAUGACUUAAUAGGCAAAUUAAUAAAUCAUUUGAAAGUUUUAGAAUUUCGAGAAAAUACUACUAUUAUUUUAAUGUCUGACCAUGGCUGGUCAUUAGGAGAGCAUGCAGUAUGGGCAAAAUAUAGCAACUAUGAUGUUGCCCUAAAAGUACCAUUAAUAAUAUCAAUACCUGAGCUUACAUAUCAGAAAUCAAAAGAAAAAAUGAAUACAAAUAAUUCAUCAGAAAAGAAUCAAAUAUUCAUAAAUUCAAUAGUAGAAUUAGUUGAUAUCUUCCCAACAAUUGCAGAUUUAGCAAAUAUUUCAAUACCUGUUUGUUCAAAUAAAUAUAUAGAAAUUACUUGUAGUGAAGGAAUUUCUUUUAUGCCACUUAUAAGAGCUGCUUUAAAAAAGGAGUCAAUAUUAUGGAAAAAGGCAGCAUUUGGACAAUACCCAAGACCAAGUAUUAAACCUUCGAUCCAUCCAAAUAGCGACGAACCACGUUUAAAAGAAAUUAAAGCAAUGGGAUAUACACUGAGAACAAAUAAGUAUCGUUAUACGGCUUGGGUAACAUUUAAACCUGAAACCAAAUUACCAGAUUGGAAUGAUAUUAUUGCAGAGGAACUGUAUGAUCAUCAUAACGACAAAGGUGAAAAUCGAAAUGUAGCAUCCUUUAAAAAGUAUAUCAAAAUAAAGAAAAAAUUACAAAUUUUAUUG